UUUUUUGAUAAAGCUUAAACUUUUAAUCAAAUAUGGAUGAGUUUUGAUCAAUGUCACCUAUGUGGAGAAUCAUUGGACUUUGAUUUUAUGGAAAAAGUUUGCAAUUGUCAGGUUUGCAUGUGAUUUUAGUGUGAAAAGGUUCACAAGUUAUUAUUGGUUUAAUUUUAAAAAGCUAUUGUGAUUUUAGUGUGUAAAGAAUCACAAGUUAUUCAUAGUUGAUCGGUUUUAUUUAAAAAGGCUAAUCGAUGGUUUUCACAUAAAGUCAAUUUUGUAAUUUUAUAGAAGUGUGCAAAAGAUUUAAUUUUUUUGGUCAUGGGAAGGGGAGGAACCCCACAGGCUAUCUCCUGUUUGCUCUAUCGUUGUACUUCAACACUCUGAUUUACUUUCCUCAAAGAACUCACAGAUAUCGUUUGGCAGGUCGUCAAAUUCAAUUUAGUCACAUCUUUUUUCGCACUUCAAUUCUUGUAAGGCUAUUUGUAACUCUAUUUUAAUCUCGGAAAAUAUGAGUAAUUUUUAUAUCCCAAACCUUUUUAAAUCAGUACUUACAAAUUCUCAUAACAUCUCGGUUCUAAUGGUUCGGGGCCCUUACUAAUUUAUUUAAAAAAAUCAAUAGAUAGUUCUUAAAUUAAUUUUGUUAUCUUGUAGAAGUUAAUUGUUGCAUCAACUUUUUGGUUUUUGGGUAAUAAUAAUGUGUCCACAAUUGCUAAAAUAUAGUAAAAGGACAAUGCACAUGGUAGGUGUAGGUAUGAUGGAAGCAGCAAGGGUGAAGACAGCAAGAAGAAAAGAAGGGUGAAGAGUGAAGACAGCUGUGAUGGUAUAAAGAAGACAAAGCUGCAUAGAUUAAAUUGUUUUUAAUUAUACAUAAAUGAUGUUUGUCACAGAUGUAAUAUGAUAUAUGAUAAUUUUAAAAAAUAGUUGGAUUAAAAUUGCAAUUUCCAGGCGUUUGCGUCCAAGAAAGGAACGAAAGGCAGAGAGCAAAAGAGAGAAACAUGGCACCCGAGGCUAAACAUUCCAAAAAAACAAGAAAGAUCCAGUAGUCCGUAGAGGGAAGAAGAGAAUAAGAGAGAGAGAGAGAGAAUGGGAUUUGCGGGGGAAGAGAGAGAAGAAGGUGUAAUGGCUACAGAUUUCUUUUGGUCAUACACAGAUGAGCCUCAUGCCUCGCGUAGACGGCAGAUCCUCUCUCAGUACCCUCAAAUCAAAGAGCUCUUUGGCCCUGACCCCUAUGCUUGUCUCAAGAUAUCUGUGGUUGUUAUCCUUCAGCUUUGGACUGCUACCUAUCUCUACAAUGCAAGCUGGCUGAAAAUUCUAGCUGUGUCAUACUUUUUUGGUUCAUUUCUCAACCACAACCUCUUCUUGGCCAUCCAUGAGCUCAGCCAUAAUCUCGCUUUCUCAACCCCAGUUUAUAAUCGCUGGCUUGGGAUUUUCGCUAACCUUCCUGUUGGGGUACCCAUGUCCGUCACCUUCCAAAAGUAUCAUCUCGAGCACCAUAGAUUCCAAGGCUAUGAUGGAAUUGACAUGGAUCUCCCCAGCCUUACGGAAGCCCACCUUGUCACGAAUGCCAUCGCCAAAAGCGUAUGGGUUAUCUUUCAACUCUUCUUUUAUGCUCUCAGGCCUCUUUUCCUCAAGCCAAAACCGCCUGGUGUGUGGGAGUUCACCAAUUUGACUGUCCAGCUCGCCCUUGAUGCUGCUUUGGUAUACUUCUUCGGUUGGAAAUCUUUUGCUUAUUUGAUCUUGUCGACAUUUGUUGGUGGCGGCAUGCACCCUAUGGCUGGCCACUUCAUCUCGGAGCACUACGUCUUCAAUCCCGAACAGGAGACAUACUCGUACUAUGGUCCCCUGAAUCUAAUGACGUGGAGUGUAGGCUAUCACAACGAGCACCAUGAUUUCCCCAGGAUCCCCGGGAGCAAGCUUUACAAGGUGAAAGAGAUUGCACCGGAAUAUUAUGAUACUCUAGAUUCGUAUUCAUCCUGGAGCCAAGUCAUCUACAUGUAUGUAAUGGAUCGUACGGUUGGGCCUUUUAGCAGAAUGAAGAGAAAAUUGGCAGAUAUGAGGGAGAAGAAAUCUGAAUAGUUCCCCCCCUCUACUCUAGGCUUCAAAUGGGAUUCUUCUCCCAUUCUUGGACUCCUUGUUCUGUGACAUUGUUAAGCAAUCAGCGUCCCCUUGUUUAGGCUUUAGAUUGACAAAUGAAUGCUUGAUUCCAUUAUUUCAUUAUUUAUACAAUUUUGUAAUGUGUAAUUGUUUGGACACACAAAACUGAAAUCUCAUUACAUAUUCAUUUUCUGCA